AGCCGAUAAAGCCGGUUGCACCCUGGCAUAUGAUCGGUGUUGACCUCAUCGGACCCCUGCAGAAGUCAAGCAAAGGUGGGAACCGUUACCUCCUGACAGCGACCGACUUCUUCACAAAAUGGGUGGAGGCAAGACCCAUUAAGAAGAAGCAGGCACUGCUUACCUCUGAGGCAAUGAUGGACAUCUUCCUGACUCAUGGCUCUCCUGAGGUUAUCUUGACUGACCGAGGCCGUGAGUUCUGGAACCACGUCAACAUGAGUCUCUUCGACAGGUGCGGGGUGAAACACCGCAUGACUAGUGCCUAUCAUCCACAGACAAACGGAUUGGACGAAAGGACUAACCAGACCUUGAAGCGAGCCAUUGGGAAGACUCUGGAAGGUAGUCAGGAAAGGUGGGAGGACAACCUGAAAGAGGUAUUGUUUGCCCAUAAUUCCUCUAAGCAGGCUUCCUCCAAGUUUUCACCGUUUCGUUUGAUGUAUGGCCGCGAGCCACGGCUGUUUUCUGAGAUUGCCAGUGAUACUCCUGAGGCUGAGGUUGUCGCGUCUGUUGAUGAGGACGAUGUUUCAGCGUUUAUGUCCAGUCGAGCUGAGAAAGAUGCAGCUGUAUUUGUCCAGGUAAUUACGUCCACCAAGAAGGUUAUGCUUUUGUGCGUGACAACAUCCAGAAGGCCCAGGAAAGGCAGAAAUCUUCCUACCGGAAGAAGAGCAAAAAGGGAGUGA